AACUCUCCCCGACUUCUCUAGCGCCGGUUAUGACUCCGAGUAAAGGCUGCAUUUGGGCGACGCUCCCUUAGUACGCUCACCACGCCACUGCCCCUACACCCCCCCCCCCACUGUCCCCACUCCUGGCGCUGAGUACUACAGGUCCCAGCGUGCAAUGGGUAAUUGUGGGGUGGAAAGUUACCUAGGAGAGGAUAUUCAGUAGUAGGAAGUCUCACCUUCUUCAGUCUUAGCCUAAGCGAGUAAUAAAAGGUGCCAGCACGAGGGCGGAGCUAGGGGGUUGGACCCGGGCGUUGUUUUGGCGGGAACCGAGGCGAUGUGGAUGAGGAUGUGGGUCUCCCUCGGAACGAGUAUCUGAGAAGGCAGAAAUGUAAAGUGAGACAAGAAAAGAGUCUAAAGGAAUCAAGAAAAAGCCAAGAGAGCCAACUUGGUGGCAGGGUUUUUAUAUGCACCUGAGAGAAGGGACUUGUGGUUGCCCUCUUUCUCUGACUGUUCCAUGCCUCCACAUGGCUCCUGUGAAGAUCAGCCAUGUGGUAUCAUUCUCCUCUCAGGGAACUGCGGUUGCGCCUUCUUGCAAGUGGAUGUAGGACGCUCCUCCUGGACCCCAGGCAGGCCUUUUCUGACCUUGCUUCCCAUGGCCACAUUGAUGUCACCGGCUGACUCCAAGAUGGGGAAGAACCGAUCAGGGGUUCGCAUGUUUAAAGAUGGGGAUUUUCUGGCCUCCACAGCAAGCGAGAGCUGGGAUAGGCUUCGAGUGACUUGCAACCAGCCCUUCAACCGUCAGCAGCCCUUUGGCCUCGCGUUCCUUCGUGUACGUUCUCAGCUGGAGCCAAGAGAGGAGCCUGAGAGUUCUCAAGUCCCUGACCAAAGCCAGGUGGAGCCCUCUGGCCGAGAAUCUCAAGCCUGCCCUUGGCUUGACAGCCCUGCCAUCAGGAGGACAUUCUUCCCAGAUCCACAGCCGAGCAUGGAGCAGGUGACUGAGCUCAGGGGCCGCCUACAGCAAUUACAGCCUGGGGCUUUAGGACGAUCAGCUCACAUGGUGCUUUCUGCUGCCAGCCGGGCCCUUCCAUCUACCUCAAAGAGCCGUGGAUGCCGCCAAAGAGAAGCAUCCCCCAACCCUACAGCCAGCUCAGAUGUCCCUGAGGCCAAGGAUCAGGGGUCAUGGGAGCAGAACUCAAAGAAUGAAUCAAGUAGGACAAAGAGACAGAAACUACAAAACACAAGAAGAAGGUCUCCAGCCUCCUUGCGUCCACGGCAACACAGGAAGGUGAAGCCAGCACGACAGCCCCCCCAGCCACAGACCAGUAGUGACCAUGGUCAGGAGAGUGGCCAGUGCCCCAUCUGUGCAGGGUCCUUCAGCUUUGAAGUCCUUCCCCUCCAUGCUGCCGCCUGUGGAGAGACCCCCCCACCUCAACAAGCCUCACCCUCCUCCUCUUCUUCCUCCUCAUUGUCUCCAUUUUGGACUCAAGUCUCACCGCACUCUGAGUCCUCUCCAGAGAGCUCACCAUCCCCCACCUGGGUGCAAUGUCCCAUCUGCCAGUACCGCUUCCCAGCAAGGGAGGUGGCAUGGCAUGCCAGCAGGUGUGGGGAACCUCCUGAGAACCCUUGGACGGGCCUGAACUAGACCUUCAUGCCUCACAUGCUUUGACUUCCUGCACACAGCCAUCUUGCUAGAUUCCAGGCUAUGGAGGGACAAGCUACAAGAAAGAACCAGAGAGGACUUGAGGCUGGGGGUUCCAGCCCUUUCCCCACCCCCACCUUUGUUUCCCUGAUGAUUGUGAGAGAGCCUGAAAUGGCAGAACCCAGGCUGGUAAGAUUGCUGAUAACAUUGGGCUCAGCUUCAUUACUAUUCCAGGUUGCCAUGACAGCUGUUGCCAGGGCACUCAGUUCCCUGCCAACGAUCCUGCCUCUCUCCCAGGGAUGUCAAUUUAGACUAAUGGAUGAGCAGACCUGGGCUCUGGUGUUCUGCCUCGUGCCCCUCCCUCCUGGUGGCAGAAGAGCAUCUCAGACUCCUUCCAAAUUUAUUCAAGUAGCAACCAAGGCCAAGUGGAGCCAAGGAAUGAUCCAGCAGAGUCCUGGAAUAUUAACCCUGUGUUCCCUGUAAUAGGACCCUCUUGCUGCAAGGGAGGAGGCAAAUGGUAAUGAUGCUUUUUAUGUAGAAAUAUCACAUUUAACUCCAAGUCCUGGUGAGCUGGAAGUCAGAACAAUUCCAGAUGCCCCUUAUUAAUGAUCUGACUGUGUGACCCUGAAUAAGUCAGCAAAUCUCUCAGGUUUCUGUUUGCUCCUUUAUACGUGAGAGAUUUUCAUCUACACUCCUCACUACUUCAGGGUUUUUGCAGGUACCCUGCAAGUUCUGCAGUAAUCCAAAAACUUAACUUGUAAACAAUGAGAGGGUCAUCUCCGUGGAGGAAGACUUCCUGGAGACAACCUCUCCCUCUCACCCCCAAGGCCUAAUGCAACCAGUGACUGACACCCAUGGUGGGUCAGGAAGAAUGAUGAGAGUGGAGAGGCUACAAGGAGAACAGGGAGCAAGGACUGAUGUGAUGGGGAAACAGUUCAGAUGGAGGGGCAGGGCUGUGCCCCAAGGAAGAGUUCCUUCCCUUCCCCCAGCCAAUCCCCUCUUGAGAGAUUGCCAGCUAGAACAUCAAGCAGCACUGAUGCCUCCAGGAAAGCCUGGAGGAGGAAGUCACAUUCUUGGAGAGAUAGGACAGGAGAGACAGCAAGAUGGAGAGAGGACUUGGGACCAUGCUGGAUGGGAACUGGUUGAAGGUAGAACAAGAACCAGUGAUAGGAAAGUACAAAGAGACAGAAUUCAAUCGAAUAAAAGGAAAAACAUGUUGAAAAUGGCAUUUUGUUUUCCAAAAAUAAAUGGACUGUCUUGGAA